UAUAUAUAUAUAUAUAUAUAUAUAUAAAACAAUGACUGCCUUUCUUUUGCAGGAAUACUAAAUGAUGUAUAGAAUUUCAUUUCAAGGUGACCUGCUUGCUUUGUGUUAAUAUGGCAAUUCAUUAAAAGUCUGAUUAAAGCUCUAUUCAGAGCCCCAUGAUAACGGCCUCAUAACACACAGAUGAAGAGACCUGAAAGACAGCGUUGUGUUACCUCAGGGGGUCCCAUUAGACCGGUCAUCUGUGUCUCCCCUGGUGUUAACAUUUGAAGAAACUUAAGAGGUGAAGAUGAUGACGCUCUUCAACUGCAACUUCACACUUUUCCCUCGGGAGUCUCUUUUUUUCAGCAGGCCCUGUGCAGCUUUGGACACCUCUGGGCCCAAACUCCAAAUGCUUUCAAAAGUCCCACUUUCAUUAUAGUUCCUCACACAUCUAACACGUCUGAGAUCUACUUCCUGCUCUCAAUAGUUCAAUAAACAAUUCAGCGAAAUACAACUGGAAUACUCUCCUGACCUGUACAGUUUAAGCUUAUCGUGAUAAAGCCCGUUACAGUUAUCUGAUGUGUUCCUAAUACUUCUUAGCCAGAUGACAUGCAUAAGGAAUCACGUCAUUACAGAUUGCAAAAAGGUGGAAAGAACCAAAUCUUUAGGUGUUUUCAUCAAUUUAGCAAUUAAAACAUAGAAAACCACUUUCAAAAAUGUGCUCUUCAUUCCUAUAUUUAUUCUUCUAUGCCAGGCAGUACAUGUUCACAGCUUCAGCCCAUCAUGGUCCUGUUGCUCCAGGCAGCAGCAAUAAUCCUGCUGCUGGCCUCCCUGUCUGGAUCACGCUCUACCCCAUCACAGCAUCUGUGCGGCUCCAGCCUGGUGGACGCACUUUACCUUGUGUGUGGGCCUAGAGGCUUCUUUUACUCCAGCAGAAGCAGGAGGGACCUGGAGACUUUGCUGACCUUGCUCUCAAAAUUAGCAGAUUAUGAGGUAGCCCAGACUGAUCCAUUAAAACAGAAGGUGAUGAUGAAGAUGAAGAGAGGCAUUGUGGAACGAGGCUGCCACAGGCCCUGUAUCAUCUACCACCUGGAGGACUACUGCAUCUGA